AACGGUGUAAACAUGCUCAAGACAUCGAUCUCCGUUUUGACUCUGCAGCUGCUUUGGAUGGUGUCCUUCGGUGGAGCUUACAGCCUUCCGCCGGUGGUGCAGAUGGGUGGUGCUAUUGUCGCUGCCGUAGAACAAGACGCCGAACAGGAAGCUGCCAGCGAGCAACAGCAAAUGGAACGCGAGUGGCUAACAAUGGCCGAAGCCCAGUUUCACAGCCUCAUCAACGAAGAUCUCAGUCCAGAGGAGGUAAACAACAUGCUAGAGAUCUGGUCAAACGAAGGUCGCGGAAAGCACAAGAAGCAAAAAAAACUUAUGAAAAUGAUUUAUCCUCUUCUGGCUGCCGCAGCUGUUGCCAAAGUAGUCUUGCUGCCCUUGGUCUUAAAAUGGCUGACAGCACUUUCGACCUCAUCGUUUGUAAUGGGCAAAAUUGCAUUGGCCACGUCCGGGCUGCUGGCCCUUAAAUGGAUAUUGUCCGGAGGACAUGCACAUGAUCGCCUGGAGAUUGUUCAUUCUCAUGCACCGCUCGUAAAAGGAUUACACGGCACGGAUCUUUCCUCUAGUGGAAGCAGUUGGAUGCCCAUUCGACAACCAUUUAUACCCUUAGGUCUAUCCAAAGACCAUAACUUUGACAAUCUGUACAAACCAUUCUUAUAAGCUAUUAAGAAACGAAAGUAGAA